AACUGGCUGGCAAACACCUUGAACUUGUGCGAGACCAUACGAUCCAGGCGCGUUUAAUGUGUGGUGAAGAUGCUGUAUGGUGAUGUAGGAGGAGGAAGCAUGACUUCAAACCACACCUCCAUCUCUGACUGAUAAUUUUCAGCAUGGAGGAAGAGGUGUCCUCGCUCAUAAAGCAGAGCAACACUCAUCUCCCAGCAUUCGCCACCUUCCAGCCUCAGGUUUACGGAGCAUUUCCUCGGAAUGUUUUGGCAGAGCUGACAGCGGCUUGACCCGACUCCAGAGGAGGGGGCUGUAGAAUUUGACAGAUCAGAGCAAGAGCUGUGCCUGAAGACUACGGAAGAUUCCGGCGAGAAGAAGCAGUGAACUUGAGAGGAUGAUGGACAGCAUUGACAUAAAUGUAGACCACUGCAAUGUUAGCAACAACGCCACGUACAUAACGCUGUCUUGGAUUGUUGUUGGCCAGUUUGCGCUGGGUCUGCCUCUCAACCUGUCUGUCCUCUACAUCUUCAUCUUCAGGUUCAAGUUCUGGAAGAACAAGAGCAUCUUCCUUUUCAACAUUGUGGUGGCAGACUUCCUGCUGGUGGCGUGUCUUCCUGCCAAGGCCUACCACUACCAGCGGGGCCAGAGACGCAGUCCCAACUACAUCAUGUGCAAGACCAUGCUCUUUAUGGUCUUCCUCAACCGAGGCGCCAGCAUUGCCUUCCUGGUCAUGCUGUCCAUUGACCGCUACUUCAACGUGGUCCACCUGGGCAGGAGGAACUUUGUCAAAGUCCUGAAGAGGUCGCCUCUAAUUUCGGUGGUCAUUUGGCUGUUUCUGCUGCCCCUCACCAUCCCCACCAUGCUCAACACCUUCGAGUGCUGUAACAGCUACGGCCGAGUCAACAACACCUUCUCUCAGAACGUGACGGACACCUCCAGGGAGGUGGUCUUCUUCGCCGAAAUUCUCCUCCCUUUCAUCAUCCUGGUCUUCUGCACGGUGCGCAUCGUCCACCGACUGAGAAGGAAGACGGUGGGUGACAAGAGCAAACUGAGGCGAGCAUCAUAUGUGGUCACGUCCGUGGUGGUGCUCUUCUCCGUCUGUUUCCUGCCAUCCACCAUCGCCCGGGCGGUGCUGCUGGCAAUGCGAGUGGUGAGGCCGGAAGUGGAGAAUGUGGCGGCUCAGGUGUACGACAGCCUCAUGGUUCUGUCCUACAUCGACUGCCUGCUUGACCCGCUGGUCUACUGCUUCUGUCACUCUGGCUUCAAGGACGCCUACGUGACCACUUUCUGUCCUGUCUUCCUGCAGAAGAGGUUGCUGAAAUUGGAGUUUAGCUCAGGAAUAGGAACAACGACCACCACAAACAGCUCUGGGGCGAGAACCUUUUCUUUGCAAAUGUUAGAUAAAUGACUUUAAUGACUAUCAUGAACAUUGAUUAUGAAAACGUGCAUAUGGAUAUUCUCAUUCAUCCUGGUCAUUGUGUUCUUAUGAAAACACAUCACAAUGUGUCUGUCUGACAACACAUUGUAUAUAUAGAAAAAAAUAUGCAAAAUUAUAUUAAAACUUUUUUACUACAAACAAUUUUUGGGGGGUUAAUAAAAUGUACAAUGCUUUCCAUUUUAUUACACCCCCCACUGGAAAAUAUUUUUUUAAUGAUAUAAAUAAAGGGGAACUGCACUUUAUUUUAAAUUUGGCCAUUAAUUCACAAUCCUUAUGAGACCAAAACACAUAUGUCUUUUUUAAAGGCCUACUGAAACCCACUAUGACCGACCCCGCAGUCUGAUAGUUUAUACAUCAAUGAUGAAAUAUUAACAUUGCAACACAUGCCAAUAUGGCCUUUUUAGUUUACUAAAUUGCAAUUUUAAAUUUCCCGGGAGUUUCGUCUUGAAAACGUUGUGUAAUGAUGACGUGUACGCAAGACGUCACAGGUUUUUAGGAAGUAUGAGCGCUGCGCACACGCACAGCUAAAUGUGGUCUGCUUUAACGGCAUAAUUACACAGUAUUUUGGACAUCUGUGUUGCUGAAUCUUUUGCAAUUUGUUCAAUUAAUAUUGGAGAAGUCAAAGUAGCUAGAUGGAGUUGGGAAGCUUUAGCCUUUAGCCACACAAACACACGGUGAUUCCUUGUUUAAAAUUCACGGAGUUGAAACUUUCCUAUGGAUCACAGCAGACAUGGAUCCCGACCACUUGUCAACCAGCAGGUUUCGGUGAGAAAAUUGUGGUUAAAAAGUCGCCACUUAGAGGAUAUCAGCUGAGCCUUUUUAGUUUACUAAAUUGCAAUUUUAAAUUUCCCGCGAGUUUCUUGUUGAAAAUGUUGCGGAAUGAUGACGCGUACGCGUGAUGUCACGGACUGUGAGGAAAUAUUAGCGCUGCACCAAACACUGCUAAAAGUAGUCUCUGUUCAUGGCGUAAUUACACAGUAUUUUGGACAUCUGUUUUGCUGAAUCUUUUGCAAUUUGUUCAUUUAAAAAUGGAGACUAUAAAGAACAAUGCUGUUGGUGGAAGGCGGUGGAUUGUAGCUGUCUUCAGCACCGAGACACAACCGGUGUUUCUUUGUUUGUUGUGAAGCUUUAACACAGAGCGGUCAAGCGAACAUGUUUUCUCUACGUCAACCAGCAUGUUUUAGGAUGGGGAAAUUGUGAUAUAUAUCUUACCGGAGAAAACAUUGGAUUAUUCGUCGUCCUGCAGCAGCUGUUUAAAAGGCAGCUGUGAGCUUGGCUCUUCGGCUUCUCUCUGAGACACUUCGUGUUCACCGCAGCCAUCUGACCUCGAGGUAUGUCUUUACAAUGUUUAAAUUCUCACUAAAACACUAUUAAAGCCAUAAGCAGAUAAGGGAUCUUCCAGAAUUAUCCUAGUAAAUGUGUCUAAUUACAUCUGAAACGCUCAUACUGCCUCCGCGCGGAGCCGUCGCUUUUUUUUUUUUUUCCUAGUCCUUCACUAUCAAUAUCCUAAUUCACAAAUCUUUCAUCCUCGCUCAAAUUAAUGGGGAAAUUGUCACUUUCUCGGUCCGAAUUGCUCUUACUGCUGGUGGCUUCCAUUAAAAACAAUGUGAAUAUGUGUGGAGCCCUCCAACUCGUGACGUCACGCGCACAUACUUCCGGUAAAGGCAGGGCUUUUCUAUUAGCGACCAAAAGUUGCGAACUUUAUCGUCGAUGUUCUCUACUAAAUCCUUUCAGCAAAAAUAUGGCAAGAUCGCAAAAUUAUCAAGUAUGACACACAGAAUGGACCUGCUAUUCCCACUUAAAUAAGAACAUCUCAUUUCAGUAGGCCUUUAAAUGCAUUACAACUUGUAAAUAAACGUAAAAAACAGACUACCUAAUGGGAGCCAUGACGUCAUUGCGUCUAUUGUAUGCAAAAUUAUACUAAAAUUAAUUUACUACGAACAAUAUUUUUGGGGUAAGUGAAAUGUACAAUACUUUCAAUUUUAUUACACCCCUACUGGAAAAGUCAUUUUAAAUUAUCUAAAUAAAGGGGAACUGCAAUUCAGCCAUUGAUUCACAAUCCUUAUGAGACCAAAACACAUAUGUAUUUUUAAAAUGCAUUACAACUUGUAAAUAAACGUAGAAAAACAGUCCACUUACACUGGACCUAAUGGGAGCCAUGACAUCAUUGCAUUUAUUUUAUACAGAAAAAAAUAUACAAAAUUAUAUUAAAACUACUUUACUACGAAAAACAUUUUUGGAAUAAGUAAAAUGUACAAUACUUUCAAUUUUAUUACACCCCCCACUGGAAAAGUCAUUUUAAAUUAUAUAGACUUGUUCAGGGUGUACUCCGCCUUCCACCCAAAUGCAACUGAGAUAGGACCCCCCCCCCCCGCAACCUCGAACGGGACAAGCGGUAGAAAUGGAUGGAUGGAUAAAUAAAGGGGAAUUUAAAAUUUGGCCUAUAAUUCACAAUGCAUUAGCAUUAUAACUUAUAAACUAACAUAAAUAACAGUUCACUAACACUGGACCUAACGGGAGCAUGACAUCAUUGCGUCUAUUGCGUUUAUUUUAUACAGAAAAAAAUGUGCAAAAUUAAAAUAAAACUAUUUUACCACGAAAAAUAUUUUUGGUGUGAGUGAAAUGUACAAUAGUUUCAAUUUUAUUACACCCCUCACUGGAAAAGUCAUUUUAAAUUAUAUAAAUAAAGAGGAAAUCGGACUUUUUUUUCAAAGUGAACUAUAAUUCACAAUCCUUAUGAGACCAAAACACAUAUGUCUUUUUUAAAUGCAUUAUAACUUAUAAAUAAAUGUAAAUAGCAGUUCACUUAAAAAUAUUUUACCACGAAAUAUAUUUUUGGUGUAAGUGAAAUGUACAAUAUUUACAAUUGUAUUAACCCCCCCACCACCCCCACCCCCAAUUGGAAACGUAAUUUUAAAUGAUAUAAAGGAGAACUGCACUUUUUUAUUUUAAUUUGGCCUAAAAUUCAAAAACCUUAUGACACCAAAACAAAUGUGUUUUGUUUUUUUUAUGCAUUAUGAUUUAUAAAUAAACGCAAAUAACAGUCCACUUACACUGAACCUAAUGGGAGCCAUGACGCCAUUGUGUCCAUUGCGUUUAUUUUAUACAGAAAAAAAUAAACAAAAUUGUAUUAAAACAAUUUUAUUACGAAAAACAUCUUUGGGGUGAGUAAAAUGUACAAUACUUUCAAUUUUAUUACACCCCUUACCGGAAAAGUAAUUUUAAAUGAUAUAAAUAAAGGGGAAUUGCACUUUUUUGAAUACAUUUAGCCUAUAAUUCACAAUCCUUAUGAGACCAAAACACAUAUGUCUUUUUUACAUGCAUUAUGACUUAUAAAUAAACGUAAAUAACCAGUUCACUGAACCUAAUGGGAGCCAUGACGUGAUUGCGUCCAUUGCGUUUAUUUUACACAGAAAAAAAAAUAUGCAAAAUUAUAUUGAAACUUUUACGACAAAAAAUAUUUUUGGGGUAAGUGAAAUGUACAAUAUACUUUCAAUUUUAUUACACCCCCACUGGAAAAAAUAAUUUUAAAAUACAUAAAUAAAGGGGAACUGAACUUUUUUUUGGCCUAUAUUUCACAAUCCUUAUGAGACCAAAACCGAUAUGUAUUUUUAAGUGCAUUAUAACUUGUAAAUAAACGUAUAUAUUAGUCCACUUACACUGGACCUAAUGGGAGUCAUGACGUCAUUAUGCGUCCAUCGCGUUUUUGUUAUUAUGAAUGUGCCUGUUAUAUUACAUCUAUACUUACAACAUGUAUAUAAAACCGGGAGGGUUUGGAUGAUUUUAAGCGCCCAUAGGCAGAAUAGAGCGACUCAUAUAGGCUCAAUUGUUAGCUGAUUUUGCCCGCGUUUAAUUAACGAGUUAGAAUGCAUAGAAAAAGAAAAAUAUAUAUUUAUAUAUUCACAAUACUUAUAUGUGCUUGUCUUACAUAAGUAUUGUGAAUGACAGCUGUUUACUAUGGCGACGUGAUCACAUGCGCCUGUAAUGACACUAUCCAGCACCGUAUCACUUUUGUUGCUUUUACGUUGGGGUGUGUCUUUCUAACAGCUUAUGGUGUUACCUAAAAGCUCCAUGAUGUUUAUAGUUAAUUUGAAAAUCACUUGAGAAGAUGUGUAAAGAUAAAUUUAUACAUAACAUGGCGCUUUUAGUACAAGGGAACGAUUGUCUCUCUGCUGCUCUCUACUGACAACAAGUGGAACUGACAAGUGAAUAAAAAGCAUGAUCAUUUAGAACAGGGGUCGGGAACCUUUUUGAUUGAUUGAUUGAUUGAUACUUUUAUUAGUAGAUUGCACAGUACAGUACAUAUUCCGUACAAUUGACCACUAAAUGGUAACACCCGAAUAAGUUUUUCAACUUGUUUAAGUCGGGGUCCACGUUAAUCAAUUCAUGGUAACUGCUGAGAGAGCCAUGAUGAAAGCAAAAUAUUAUAAAAUGUAUUUCCGAGAGAGCCAUAUAAUAUUUUUUAACACUGAAUACAAAUAAACAUGUAUGCAUUUUUAAGUAAGACCAACAUUUUAAGAAUAUAAUCAAUCAAUCAAUGUUUACUUAUAUAGCCCUAAAUUACUAAUGUCUCAAAGGGCCGCACAAAGCACAACACAAACCACUACGACAUCCUCGGCAGGCUCACAUAAGGGCAAGGAAAACUCACACCCAGUGGGACGUUGGUGACAAUGAUGACUAUGAGAACCUUGGAGAGGACGAGAGCAAUGGAUGUCGAGCGGGUCUAACAUGAUGCUGUGAAAGUUCAAUCCAUAGUGGAUCCAGCACAGCCGCGAGAGUCCAGUCCAAAGCGGAUCCAACACAGCAGCGAGAGUCUCGUCCACAGCGGAGCCAGCAGGAAACCAUCCCAAGCGAAGUUAUUCUGAAGCUAAUGAAUAAAAUAGUUCUUACCAUUAAUGCGACUUCUUGAACAGGAACGGUAGGAAACGGAUGGAUGGAUUAAAAUGCAUGAGAAUGUUUUAUAUUUUGAACGUUUCACUUAACUCUUUGAUUACCAGCGGAAUUAUUCAUUACUUAUCGCUGUGUUUUUCAACCACUAUGCCGCGGCACACUAUAGUGUGCCGUGCGAUACAGUCUGGUGUGUCGUGGGAGAGAUUAUGUAAUUUCACCUAAUUGGGUUGAUAAUGUUUUUUGCAAACCUGUAACUAUAAUUCAAAAAUGUGCUGUUAUUGAGUGUCUUUGCUGUCUAGAGCUCGGCAGAGUAAGCGUAUAAUACUCUUCCAUAUCAGUAGGUGGCAGCAGGUAGCUAAUUGCUUUUGUAGAUGUCCGGAACAUGGUAUGUCGUGAUUACAAUAUGCGGGAGGCAGCAUGUAGGUAAAAAGGUAUCCAACACUUAAACUAAAAAUAAACAAAAGGCGAGUGCCGCUAAAAAAAGGCAUUGAAGCAAAACAAAACUAAAACUGAACUGUCUGCAAAGUAAACAAAAACAAUGCUGGACGACAGCAAAGACUUACAGUGUGCAGAGCAGACGGCCUCCACAAAGUACAUCCGUACAUGGCAUGACAAUCAACAAUGUCCACACAAAGAAGCAGUGCGUCCGCACAACUUAAAUAGUCUUGAUUGUAAAAACAAAGCAGGUGUGCUGAAUAGCAUUCAAGGAGGACAUGAAACUGCUAGAGGAAAAUAUCAACAAAAGAGGAAAAGCCACCAAAAUAGGAGCGCAAGUCACAUAGGAAAACACCGAAAAAACUCAAAAUAAGUUACGGCUUGUUGUGACAGGUUGUGACAGUACACCUACAUAGAGACAAGGGCUAUUGCAAGAACAACUUUUUACGGUCAAUAUCGGCUACUGAGUUUAAUUUUUUUUUAUGUUUUCUGCUGGUGGUGCGCCUCAGAGUUCUUUCAAUGAAAAAAAUUAGUUUUUGCUCAAAAAGGGUUGAAAAACACUGACUUAUCGUGUUAAGCAAUGCCAGCUAAGAUGUAUCUGAGAACCAGAUGCAGUCAUCAAAAGAGCCACAGGUUCCCAACCCCUGAUUUAGAAUUUAAACAUGAGACGGAAGUAGUAAGAGUGGAUAAUGGUAGCAAACAAUGUAAAAUAACGGGAAUGUUGCUGUAUUUGUGUGAAUAUAACACUCGUAGCGGGGCAGUCAGGUGUACAGUAGGUGGCUGGUAGAAUGUAAUACAAAGAAAAUAAAAAUAACGUGGGACAUUGAUUCAUGUAGUAUUUAUACACAAUCAAAUACAUAAGUUAUGUGUUUAUUUGUCCUUUGUUUUAUCCUGAAUUUAAUAAUGAUCAACUAAUUAAAAUCACAAAACUAUAUGAUGAUGUUGAACAUUUUAAAAUAAAAUGUAUCGGUAGUGGUAAUGUUGGCCCUGUAUUUAUUAUUUGCAGUAUGCCCAAUUGUGGAUCUGGAUCUGGUUGACUAACUAGGCCUUCUCCUUGAUUCCUACUGGACAGGAGACUCCUGUGGAGCCCAGCCCACAGUAGCCUUGUGGGUUUUUAUUCAGGUACUGUUGGUGGUAGUCCUCGGCAUAGUAAAAGUCUUUGCCCUCUGCUAUCUCUGUUGUGAUGA